GCUCCGGACGUGAAUUAGCUGCGCUGUUAGCGCGGAGAUGCUUUGACAGGAACCAGGAGCUGACGACCAAAACUACUUUCCAUCGUCUCAAAAGUCGAGUUUAACAGAUAUGGAUCAGAGGGCAGUGUGUGCCGGAUGCCACCGGCUGAUCUCAGACAGAUUCCUGCUCAGGGUCUCUGACGGCCUCUGGCACGAGGACUGUGUGCGCUGCUCCGCGUGCGGGGACGCGCUCGCCAACUCCUGCUUUCUGCGGGACCGCAAACUUUACUGCAAGAGGGACUAUGCUGAUCUGUUUGCAGUGCGCUGUGGGAGAUGUACGGAGGCCAUCUCUCCCACAGAGCUGGUGAUGCGUGCAGGGGCCGCUGUGUUCCACCUGCGCUGUUUUACCUGCAGUGUUUGUUCCUGCCGCCUGCAGACCGGAGACCGCUGCGUCCUGAAAGAGGGACGGCUACUGUGUGCCAGAGAUGACUACCACCAGUGUGUGGCCAGCCCUGCCUCCUCAGACACAGGUAAAAGUGAUGAUGAAGAGGAUGAAGAAGAAGAGGAGGAGGAAUCUGCAAGGAUUACAGGCAGACGAGUCAGAUCAGAAGAUGUGGAGAGUAAACGUCCCAAAAGGCCACGCACAAUUCUGACCACUCAACAACGACGCACAUUUAAAGCCUCCUUUGAGGUCUCCUCUAAGCCCUGCCGAAAGGUAAGGGAGACCUUGGCAGCAGAGACUGGUCUGAGCGUCCGGGUGGUGCAGGUCUGGUUCCAGAACCAAAGAGCCAAAAUGAAGAAAUUGGCCCGGCGGCAGCAGCAGCAGGAGCAGCAGCAGACUCAGGAGCAGCGUGAACACUCAUCACAUAAAACAGCGCCCUCACGUGGCAGUCUGACCUCUGAGAUGGAGCACCUGGGGUCCACUUAUACCCACAUUCAGCAGCAGCAGAUGGGGCUCACUACACUAGAGCAGCAGGACUAUGACAUGGACCCCUUCAGACAGGGCCUGACCCCUCCUCAGAUGCCAGGGGAUCACAUGCAUCCCUACGGUUUUAAAGGUUUGUACAGUGACAUGGAUGGAGACACCCUGUGUCACGUGGCUGACACUGACUGCCUGUCUCUGGGUGACACCUCUCUGCUCACCCCCAUCGACCGCCUCUACUCCAUGCAGGACUCGUACUUCACCUCCUGA